AUGGAGCAACAACAAGCAACCACCGAUCACUCAUUAUUGUUCGCCGCAAUGAAGAAUGAGCUCCGGCGAAUCAGUGAGCAACAAAUGGAGGAGUUGCACACUCGUUUUGAAGAGUUGUCCAGGAGUCUCACACAAGGCUCUCGUUCGAGAUCCCACAACCGGAGUAACCAUGGCACCAAAGAGGCACAUAGCGAAGACUACUCCGCUAGUGAGGAUGAGGAACGACCCGAGAAGCCUAAGAGGGACACGCCCAAGAACGAACUAAAGGGACUUAAGAUUCAAGUACCCGCGUUCAAAGGCAAGAGUGACCCUGAGGCAUACUUGGAGUGGGAAGGCCGCAUCGAAAUGAUCUUUGACUGCUACGAUUAUAGUGAGGAACAAAAAGUCAAAGUUGCCACCGUUGAAUUCACCAACUACGCCCUAGUCUGGCGGGACCAAGUGAGAACCCAUAGGAGGAGAAUGGGAGAACCGCAAGUUCGAACUUGGCGAGAGCUCAAGGCAUUGAUCCAAAAGCGAUUCGUUCCAAGCUAUUACAACCGAGAUCUCCACUCCAAAUUGCAAACCCUCACUCAAGGCAACAUGAGUGUGGAGGACUACUACAAAGAAAUCGAAAUGGCCAUGAUGAGGGCGAACCUUCAAGAAGAUAGCAAAGCAACCAUGGCUAGAUUUCUUCGAGGUCUCAACCCAGACCUUCAAGAAGCCUUAGAGCUUCAACACUAUGUGGACAUGCAUGACCUUCUUGAACUCGCUAUCAAGGCCAAGAGGGGAAAGAGGCUAAGGCGAGGAGCCCGUACCUUCCAGUCUUCAAACUUGAUCUCAUGGAAGGGCAACCAACCACAGAGGGCGACCCACGAAGCUGGAUAUUCGGCCACACCAACUUCUUCAAACCGAAUUCAAGGUAAUGCUCCUAACCGAAAUUCCAAUUCUACCCCUAACAAAUCUCAAUGUCCAAACCAACGAGUCAUGCUAAUCACUCACAAUGGUGAGAUCGUGUCCGAUGAUGACGACUGUGAGGAGAUACCCGAAUUGAUCAAAGGUGACUGCCUGGAUGAAGACUCUACUGAGGAAGAUUGCUUGCCUACACAAGGGGAAGUAGGGUGCUUGGUGGCACGACGAGUGCUAACCGCCCGAGUCAAGGAGGACGAGCAACUGCAACGGGAGAACCUGUUCUACACCCAUUGUAAAGUAGGUGACAAGGUGUGUAGCCUCAUUAUCAACGGUGGGAGUUGCACAAACGUGGCAAGCUUACUCAUGGUUGAGAGCCUAGGGCUUCCAACUACUAGACAUCCACACCCUUAUCGCCACCAAUGGCUGAGUGAGGAUGGAGAGGUACGUGUCUUCAAACAGGUACGCGUUCCCUUUUUCAUUGGAACUUACACUGACGAAGUUGUUUGUGACGUUGUGCCAAUGCAUGCUACCCAUGUCAUCUUGGGGAGACCUUGGCAAUUUGAUAAACACAUCAAAUUCGACGGAAGGGCCAACAAGUACACACUCUUGCAUGAUGGCAAACGCAAGGUCCUCACACCACUCACACCUGCACAAGUGUAUGAGGACCAAUUAAAGUUGCAAAGAGAGUGUGAACAAGACCGUCAAAGGAGGAAGCAAAAGGCGGUCGAUCCUGGCAAAGGCUCCACUUCUGCAAUGAGUUCACAGGGUAUCAAAGUAGACAAGUCCAAGAUUAAGGCCAUCGAGCAAUGGCCAACUCCUACAUCCGUCCCUAAGAAGACUGGCAAGACAAAUGUGGUAGCUGAUGCCUUGUCACGUAGACACUCCUUGCUUGCCUGUCUUGAUGCUAAGUUAUUGGGGUUCGAAAUGAUUAAGGAACUCUACACACAUGAUCAUGACUUUGGUGACAUAUAUGCUACGUGUGUUAAGAACCCACAUGGAAAGUACUUUUUGCAUGAUGGAUUUCUAUUUCAUGUGGAUAAACUGUGUGUGCUUAAUUCGUCCAUCCGUGAUCUUCUGGUUAGGGAGGCACAUAGUGGUGGUCUCAUGGGACACUUUGGCAUGGUUAAGACUCUUGCCAUGUUACAAAAGCAUUUCUACUGGCCUCACAUGCGUCGAGAUGUGGAGCACAUGGUUACUAUUCUCCACCACCAGUCAUCCACAGAGCGAUGGGCAAACUGA